AUAUACUUUUAAUAAGUUGAUACAUUAUGUUUUUUCAUAUUAUUGUAUUAAGGUUGACCAGAAGUUCAAGCGAUUAGAGAAUAAAAUUGAUUCAAAUCACACUGAUAUUUUGAAAGCCAUGGACAACAUAGUGCACCACAUGACUGGCACAUCAUUUCCAAUUAAAAAAGUAGAUUUUGUUCAACCAUUCCAUGUGGUGGAAGAACAACAAGCACCUACUAUAUUUGAGGAGCAGAAUGGUCCAAAUAAAUCUGAUCUCCCUCCAACAAAUGUCCAAUCUCAUGUCCAGAAAGAUAUUAAGGAAGCAGAACCAUCCAAUAGGAUACAAGAGGUGGAUGAUGUAUCUGGGCAUAACACUGUAUCAGAUGCUGCAGAAUAUAUUCAACAACAUGUUUUAUCUGAUACAUUAAAGGAAGCAGAACCAUCUAAUAUGAUACAACAGGUGGAUGAUGUAUCAGAAUACAACAUUGUAUCAGAUGUUGCAGAAUCUUUUGAACAUCAUGUUUCAACUGAUACAUUAAAGGUAGUUGAACCAUCCAACACGAUAUAAGAGGUGGAUGAUGUAUCAGAACACAACAUUGUAUCAGAUGCUGCAGAAUCUUUUUAACAACAUGCUUCAACUGAUACAU